AGCGAAUUUCACGGCGAUAAGUAGACUCGCCAACUUUCCUUUCUGUCGCACAUUCACUCUUCAUCUGUCACAGCUCUCACCUUGUCGCCUUCACCGCGCAGUCGCACUCGACAGCUAUACAUAGGGCAGCGACGCGCCCGUUUCACAUUUUUGGAGUAGGAUAACCGCCCGCCAACCAGACCACACGCGCGCUUUGAGACAGCCGCACCCCACUCCCCAACGUCAAAGAGACGUGUUUGGGCUUUCAAAGGCAUAUAAGGCCUCUUGAGACAUCUUCCUUAGGCUUCAUUCACACAAACACCCACAUCUCUACGCCAAAUCUUCAACUACACACCACACCCAACAUGGCGAACCUCGUAGCUAAGUACGCGAUGAAGAAAGCGUUGGGCAAGGAAAUGGAAAAGUACAAGGGCAAAAGUGUCGCCGGUCCUUACGACCCUUUCUAUGUCGAGAUACCUCAUCCCACCAAGCCUGGGAAGACGAAGAAAGUUAAAAAGGAAAUCCCAAGCUACAUUCCGCAGCAUGACGCAAACGUACUGGCCAAAGCCCGCAAGAUGGCCUACAGGCUCGACUACGCCCUAUUCAACUUGUUCGGCAUGCGAUUUGGUUACUCGUCCGUCAUUGGAAUUCUCCCCGUGGUUGGCGACGCCGCAGACUCUGCACUCGCUCUCAACCUCGUUCGCAAAAUGCGCCAGGUCGAAUGCGGUCUACCAGCUACCGUCCUCAUCAUGAUGCUUGUCAACAUUGCCAUUGACUUCCUUGUCGGUCUCGUUCCUCUUGUUGGUGACCUUGCCGACGCUGCCAUCAAGGCCAACGGCAAGAAUGUCCGCCUGCUCGAGGAACACCUAGACAAGGUCUACAAGCCUAAAGAGCUUGUAGACAAGGAUGCCAGAUUACCAAGGGAGUCGCGGCCGCGUCCUGCUUCGGUCCUCGUCGACUUUGACCAGGAACAAGGCUACCAGAACUAUGACGAUGAACACGAGAACGUCCGCCAGCCACAACGCUCUUAUAACGGAAGACGCGUUCAGGAUGAAGAAAUGGGUAUUCGACACGACACUCAACGAUCGCGCAGGGAUGAUAGGCCCAGCCGGAACAACACCAGGAGUAGUAGGCGUUGAUGAGUUUUCUUAUGUCUCUUUUCCUAGCCUCGUUUCUCUUACUAUCUGUCGGCAUGGCCACCAAAUGUGCGUGGAUAUUUGUAUAGUACACUACUUGGUGGCCGCUCGUCUCUCCUUGAUACUAUACCCUAGCGCUGUUGACAUUAUACAGCAAUGUCAUCCAUAUCCUUGUAAUCUUUUCUAUGUAACACACGGACUCUUUCACCUGUCCAGUCCGAAUAUACCUUUCACACACGGACUAUUUUACUUGUUUGGUUCUGCAUGUACCUUUCACGCACGGAUGUCGUCUGCGCCUGCCUUGCAUUAGCUUCCAUCUUUGGUAGCUGCCACUAGUCUUGUCCCUGCAGAUGCGCAGCAGCAACUAUAAAAAAAGAACCUUUUGGAUAC